GUGGCUGUUCAGUGCAAACUUGGCUGUGUUGAUGUUUCUGGAUUUGGCAAUUUUGUUGAUUCUUAAUUUCUGAAUCCUCAUGUCAAUGUAAGAAUAUUGAAAGACUGGUACACCACUAAACCCAGAACUUUAUGCCCAGCAGUCAUCUGAGCAUGGAGUAGCAUUUUAAGUUACCAGCUGUCUCCUCAAGUGUUUUAUUUGCAGCAAUUAACCAGCUUCUAACAGUAACAUUUAGUGACUUUUUCAAAGAUAUCCCAAAUGAUGAGGACUGACUGCAAAGGCCGGAGUGCCUCCCCUCACCGAAAAACCUAUAAUUCCGACUUCCAUGCCAUCAAGUGCUCAUUUGACUCUGGGAUCACAUUAAAGUCUGGGGCUCAGCAGUCCAGCGUGCACCCAAGCCGUCAACCACCCAGCCUGUCAGACCCAAUCAUGUCUCAAACAAGCAACAACCCAGUAAGCAGAGGGCGGGUUGGCAGCACUAGGGGAGCCAAAAUUAGUCAAAACAUCUUUCUACAAAUGGAUAAUCAACAGCUUAAACCAGAUGGACAAAAUGCAGGAUGCACACCAGCACUUUCACCCCAAAAACCAACCUCACCUUUUCCCUCAACCCGGCGUUCAUUUGUCAGUUCUUCAUCUGUCCUGAGCACUGCCACGAGCCUCUCCACUCCUGAUUCCUUUCUACAAGAGAAGAGCAGAUCAGAAGAAAUAAAGGAUAUUGACAGGGCAGCUCUGGCACAGAAGUUCAGUGUGACACGCAAGCUAUUUGAGACAAAACUAAUGGCAGUGCCCGUUGGUGGUUCAAACAGCAUUAGGAGGAGCAGGGGGAAGGAGGAAGUCGAUUACCCCAGAGACUGUGACUGCUCGUGGGACAAGGAUAAAGACAUGAAGCUUCCGGAGAUGGAUGGUUUAGAUAAAGACAAAUUCAUAAACCUUCCCAUCGUAAAUAUUUCUUCAGCUCAGCCUUCUGUGCAGGUCUCUAUGGCAGGCCAGCAUAAAUCUCCCAGAGCCAGUGAUCCAGAUGAAGAUUCAGUCACCCCUCUUAUCUGGCCUGGCCCACCUGUUCAACCUGCAAUGUCACAUAUUAAUAAAAUAACACAAGGGGACCAUUAUGAAGGUGAAAAAGUGCAUUUAGACCCAGAUUUGACAAGUGAGGAACCGGUGAGGGCUGAGCUUGUUGACCUAAAGAAUGGGUCCUCUGAAAGUGACGGAGAGACAGACAAUAAAACAGAGGAAGGCUGGCAGGAGACAUCUGUGAGUUACAUGGCACCUUGUAUAGUGGAAGAUUUGGUGGAUGAUGUUUUUGAAGAACUUAACCUACAAAAGCUCAAACAAAAUGAGUUCACUGAAGACGUGUUAUAUAAAACAGAGGAUGAAAAUGGCAGUGUAGACUUGUAUGAGCAGGAGAGCACAAAAUGGGAGGGGCAAGGUGGAGAAGAGUCCCUUAAACCUGCAAACAUGUCUGGAGUAAUAAGCGACUCCGUGACAGAGGAGAGAGCGGGGAUGCAAGUAGAAGUUGUUGACCAAGAGUUGUGCAGUUUGGAGAAAGGUGAAUUUGACGAAAAGUAUGAUGAAAGUGUGGUGAGUGAAGACAGAAGUGCGAGCAGAGUGCAGGGAGUGGAGAAGAGGUGUAGCACUGAGGAGGGAAUAGGGGAAGAAGAGGAGAGGGUGGGAUGUGUAAACUCUGGUGGGGUCAAGAAUGAAGCUUCUAUGAAUGUCCAAGACCCAAAAGAAGACCAGUGCCCGAAUGAGCAGUCUGUUCUGGAAUAUGAGGAAAUCCCAGGAAUCCCUGAAUUUGGGUCUAGUGCUGAAGAACAGACUCCAGAUGGAAAACGGAAGGUCAAGUUCUCUACAGCACCCAUCAAAGUUUUCAGCACUUACUCAAAUGCUGAGUAUGACAGACACAACGAUGACAUUGACCCAGUGUCUGCCUCCGCGGAGUAUGAGCUGGAAAAGCGUGUGGAAAAGAUGGAUGUUUUUCCUGUGGAGAUCGAAAAAGGAGAAGAGGGUUUGGGAAUUAGCAUCAUAGGAAUGGGUGUAGGUGCUGAUCAAGGACUGGAGAAGCUUGGAAUCUUUGUCAAAUCUGUCACUGAAGGUGGUGCAACAAAGAAAGAUGGAAGGAUUCAAGUGAAUGACCAGAUUGUGGAAGUGGAUGGUGUCAGUUUAGUUGGAGUCUCCCAGCUGUUUGCUGCCACUGUUUUGAAGAAUACGUCAGGCCUGGUCAAGUUUUUGAUUGGUCGUGAGAAGGAAGGUGUGGAGAGCGAGGUGGCAAGGCUAAUUAAUGAAAGCCUAGAGAUGGAGAAAUCUCCUCAUACUGGGCAGAGAUGCUGUGAAUAUGAAGAUGAUGAAAGCUACACUGAAUAUAACUCUCUGGAUGACAAUGAUGAUGAGGAAGAUGAUGUGUCACAGCUUUCUGGCCUGGAUAACCACCAACUAUACCUCAAAUACCAGCAGCUCCAGGUUAAACUCCGAAUCAGAACAGACCAACUACGGAGCACUCGAGAAAAGUUGCGCACACUGGAGGAGCAGCAGGCUAGUUGGCAGAACCAGAAAGCAGAGCUUGAACAGAAAAUAGAAGAUGAAGAAGAGAAGGCUGGCAAACUGGAGAAGUAUUGGCAGGAGGCUCAGACACUUUGCAGAGUUAUCAGCCAGAGAUUGGCAGAUGCCCAGAGCCAAUCAGAAAACCUGGAGAUCAAAUACAGCAAGGCCAAAAGACUGCUCCGGGAAUAUCAGAGCAGAGUGGAGGAGGCGGAAAACAGGGAAGCAGAACUGAGGAGGGAGUUGGAGCAGAAACAGGAGCAGCACCAAGAGCUGAUGGAAAAACUGUCCAUUCAGCAAAAAGCAAGAGAAUCUUUAUCUGGAAGGAGCAACAACAUGUCAGAAACAGAUGGUCAAUGGUAUAGUUUGGUCCCUGAUACAGGACUCCUAGACUGCAGUGCUCACAUCGCCAAGGCUCAACUGGCCCAGAAAUCUAAGCGCCACCCACCCUCCCGGGACAAACUGAGGGAGAGCUUCCGACGACAGGAAGUAGCACAACAAAAAUCAGUGGAUACGCAGUCACUGCCUGCUCCGACUGCACUACAGCGAGCCAGCAGAAGUGACCUAUCCAGCACAUCCUCUUUCUCCACCCACAGCCCUCAGCUGCCCUCUAUCUCUGUGUCCACACCUCCCAUUUACAUCACUGACACCAGCUCACCUCUCAAGUCCUCCUCCUCUAGAAAGUCCAAGAGGAAGUUCCCCAAUUUCAGUCGUCUUCGCAAGUCUCUCAACAAAAGACAGAGUGCAAAAAAGAGUAGAAAAUCCAUGGCAAGCAGGAGUUCUUGUGGCGACUUGGCAGAGCCUAUUGGGAUCUCUCCAACAGCCUCGGUCUCCUCUAUGCCUUCAUGUUUGCCCUUCCCCUGGUUUGGGGAUAAAAGCUCGGAGAAGGAAGAGGAUCAGGAGAAAAACAAUGAGAGGCUUAGGUCCUUGUCCAGCAGCAGCCUGCCGUAUCUGACCACUGGAAGAAGAGACCAGACUUUGGAUGAUGACUUGAUUCCUACCAAUAACAACAACCAAUGGCAAAGUCUCCCAGUGACUGAAUGGAGCAGUCAGCAGGUGUGUCGGUGGCUCGUGGGGAUGAGUAUGGAACAGUAUGCAGCAGAGUUUUCUGCCAAAGGUGUGAACGGGGAGCAGCUUCUCAACAUGGAUACUGAUAAACUGAAGGCUCUGGGUGUGUGCAAUCACAACGACCGCUCAUGUUUGAAGAAGAAGCUCAAGGACAUGAGGAAACGUGAGGAAAAGGAGCAGCGAGAGAGAGACAAGAGGCUCAGGGAGGUGAGGGACACAGACGCGACAGAGGACAAGAAAUCUCACAGGGAAUACAAGAGAGGGACCAUCCGGACUGAGUCACUGUUGUAAAUCAAAUGCCUUUGCCACCUGUGUGAGGGUCUAAAAUGCCACUUGAAAUGUACCGAUUUU